UUACAAGUCGAGCGGGCGCGUAAGCCUUAGGACAUACGCGGACCAUAAGUGAUUCACGUUCAGGGCUGGCGUGCGAGGGUUUGAAAUUACUUAAGCUGUUUGUUGAAAUCUUGUGUAUUUUUGUGUUUCCGGUAUAUGCUGAGGUUUUUAAUGGGCGGCUAACGUUCAGUCCAAGGCUGGGGUGUACGUAAACCAGACACCUACGUAGAGUUCCAGAGUCUCAAGCAUGCAGCCAGGGGCAGUACUUCAGGCAGCUGGUCUGCUGCUGUGGGCUGCAUGGCCUGGCUGUGAAAGUCAAGCCAUCUCUGAUGUGGAUAGGAUCAGUGACACUUAUGAAGAUAUCAGGAUCAACCGUGAACCCACGUACCUGGUGCUGGCGCCGAACGUGGUGCGGCCCGGCACUGUGUACCGCGUCAUGGUGGACAUCCUGCGCGCCCGCUCCGCGGUCGACACGCGCGCCUCGCUGCUGCGCGACGGCGUGCAGAUCAGCAGCGCCACCGCCCGCCUCCAGCAGGGCUACCCGGACACGCUGCUGCUCAAGGUACCCACCACCAGUGUGGUGGGCAACUACCAGCUGCGCGUGGAGGGCAACCACCCGGGCUCGGUGGGUGGCACGCUGUUCGUCAACGAGACGCGCGUCCACUUCUCGGCCCGCUUCCUCACCAUACUCAUCCAGACCAGCCGGCCCGUGUACAACGGAGACCAGAGAGCCUGUUUCCGGGUCAUCCUGCUGACGCACCGCCUCCGACCGUUCGACGACCCAGUGGACAUCUUCGUGCUGGUCACUGGCCCAUACCAGUUCCGGUUCCGAAUGGCCGACCUGGUGUCGCGCGUGCCGCGCCUGGACGGCGCCGAGGUCAAGGUCGUGGCGCGCAUGCGCGAGUUCUUCGAGGGCCUCAACCAGACGGGCUACUGCAUCUCCCGCGUCAUCAACUCCAGCGUCAGCCUGCACUUCGUCGGCAGCCCGCCCAUGGUCUUCAAGCCCGGCAUGCCCUUCGAUGGAGUGGUGUCCGUUUCGUACCACGACGGCCAGCCGCUGCCGCGGGAGCGGCUGCGGCGCUCCUCACUCACGGUCACCGCCUCGGCCGUGGGCUCGGGCACGCGCAGCCGCGUGGAGGUGCCCCGCUACCAGCCGAUCGACUCGCGCUUCCUCUUCGAUGGUGGCAGAGACUUCUACUCCACUUCGACGACACCGCGACCGGGGGAAGCCCAGCUCGACCCCGACUACGUGCGCAGCAUGCGCUUCAACAGCAGCGUGCGCCAGCUGCUGGAGGAGCAGCGCUACGCCGAGUACCGCGCCGACGGCCUGCAUCGCUUCUCGUUCGUCAUGCCGCCGCGGGGCGGCGCGCGCGUCACCCUCACCGCCCAGUACGAGGACGACGACGGCGGCCGGGCGACGGCCACGAUGGAGCUGAUGCCGUACUUCUCGCUCGAGGAACGCUACAUCUCCGUGGAGACGUCCACCAGCCGCGCCAGCGUCGGCGAGUACGUGGUGCUGCACGUCCGCUCCAGCUUCAAGAUGGAGCGCUUCGGAUAUGUUGUGUCGUCGAAGGGCCUACUGCUCUACACGAACCAGGAGUACAUGGACGACGCCUCUGGCGCCACCGUGCGCACACUCAGCCUGCCUGUCAGUUCGGAGAUGGCGCCCACCUUCAAGGUGGUGGUGUACCACGUGACCGUCGACGGCGAGGUGGUGGCCGACGCCAUCAGCGUCCCCGUGGACGGCAUCAGCAGCGGUGACAUUGGCCUGACCCUGAACCAGAACAAGGAUCACUCGAAGGCCACCGUGGAGGCGGUGUGCCGCUCGGUGCCGGGCUCGUUCUUCGGCCUGUCCGGCCUGCGCACGGACGCGUACCGUGCUGCCGGUGCCUCGGAGCUGAGCAAGGCCAGCGUUAUGCGCAGCCUCUACUCGUUCGAGAACUCGACCAGGGCGAUCCACUCCGUGACCCGCCGGUUCCGCGAGGGACUCCAUCCGGAUGUGGUCAAGUACUUUUCGGCGCCCAACUACGGCACGGACGCCAACCGCACUUUUGCCUUCGCCCAGCUGGUGGUGUUCUCGGACAGGUCCCCUGUGCCCGAGCCGUACGGCUGGGUGUGUGCUGUCUCGGUGGUUUCACGUGCCUGUGUCCGUGACCCCCCGGUACGUCACUGGGUGUGGGUGUUCUCGGUGGUGUUCUCGGACGCCGAGGUGUCCCUGCUGCCCGUGACCCUCGCCGCCCAAUGCAACGCCAGCCAAGGCCUGCUGCCGUGCCUGACGUCUGGCUGUUACCGCGAGGCCGACCGCUGCGACGGCCGGCGCGCCUGCGUCGACGGCUCCGACGAGCACGACUGCCCGGCCGUCGAGGACCGGGACGCGGCGCGUUUCCGGCUCGAGCGCAAGAACCGGCUGCGCACGCUCUACAACCAGCGCCAAGGCGACUGGAUCUGGCGCGAUGUCAAUAUCGGCUACAAGGCGACCGAAGAGGUGAUUCUGAAGGUGCCCAAACAGAACGCCCUCUACUAUGUGACCGGCUUCAGUGUCAACCAGCAGAACGGCUUCGCCAUCAUCGAGCGCCCGGUCGUGUACAACACGACGACGCCGUUCUACAUGCGGAUGGAGAUGCCGGACCGGUGCCGGCGCGGCGAGCAGGUGGGCGUGCGCGCCGUGCUCACCAACAACGUGGCCCAGGAGAUGCUGGCGCUGCUGGUGCUGCCCGCCAGCGACCAGUACCAGUUCGUGCACGUCGAGCCUGACGGCUUCGUGCAGCACUUCCGACCGCGCCUGUCUGGCGGCGCGCACCAGCACCUCGUGCCGCUGCCGCCCUUCACCAGCGUGGAGGUGGACGUGCCGAUCGCGCCGCGCAUCCAGCAGGGCGAGCUGACCGUCACACUGACGGCCAUGACUCAGGUCGGCCGCGAGGACGUCACGCGCACCAUGCGGAUCGAGCCGGAGGGCGUCACAAUCAAUAGGCACACGUCGUUCCUGCUCGACCUGAAGAACCGGGCGGUAGAGUUCAAGUACCUGGACGUGAUCGUGGAGCAGUCGCCGGUCGUACCGUACGCCUCGUGGCGCCGCUUCGUAUUUGACUCGCCCGAAGGUCACGUCACCGUCUCAGGCGAUGUGGUCGGUCCGGUGUUCCCCACCGGCGGCCCGGUCAACACGGAGCUGCUGCUGAACCGGCGGCUCCGCAGCACAGAGGCGUCCGCCUUCGACUUCGGCGCCAACGUCUGGUCGCUGCACUAUCUCCGCCUCACCAAUCAGUUUAAGCUGAGCUUCGCGCGGAGCAUCUUCGACCAGAUGAACGUGGACAUGGCUGCCAUUAUGUACCGGUUCGGCAGCGACGGAGCCUACCGCAUGUGGGACAGCUCGCCGCCGUCUGUGUGGCUGACGGCCUGGGUCACCCGCAUCUUCCAAGAGGCCAAGUUCCAGGACUGGGAGAACUUCCUGUACAUUGAGCCGGAAAUCAUCUCCAAGGCGAUGGGCUGGCUGGUCCAGCACCAGGACGUGCGGACCGGUGCCUUCCAUGAGACGAGCAACUACAGCAUCCCUCUCGACCCCAAGAUGAACCCCAAGGCGUCAUCCACGCUUCUGGCCAACAUCGACGCGCUUACAGUGGCGACCUGCGCGCGCGCGGCCAACGACGCCAAGAUCGGCCGCCAUCAGGGCGAGGUCUCCGUCGCGGGGUCCGGCGGCGACAGGUAUCUGGAGCAGCAGCUGCCCUCCCUGUCGCGGCCCUACGAGGUGGCCGUCGUGGCGUACGCCCUCAGCCUGGCCAACAGCGGCGAGCGGGAUGUAGCCUACAACCUGUUGGAUCGCAUGAAACGGAAAGUCGAUGGCAUGAUCUACUGGUCACCGGCUCCGAUCGAGACCAACCGGCUGACCAACGAGAACAGCCAGCGCAACCUGCUGCAGCCCAAGCUGGAGCAGCUGUACGACACCCGGGCGGUGGAGACGACGGCGUACGCGCUGCUGGUCUACCUGAUCCGCGACGGCAUCAACAUCGACCAGGAGAAGAUGGUGCUGUGGCUCAACACCAUGCGGCUUCACGACGGCGGUUUCAUCACCACCACGGACACGCUGGUGGCGCUGCGCGCGCUGGUGGAGUACUCGUACCGGGCUCGUCUGCGGGACAUCACCGACAUGCGGGUCAGCAUCGAGGCCACCGCUUCCGAGCUCGACUCCACCAUCGGCAUCAACAACGCCACGCUCGCGCGCACGCGCAUCCUGCCGUUUGAGAACGUCUGGGGCCAUCUGAACGUGAUCGGCAACGGCGCCGGUCAGGCGGUCGUCCAGCUGGACGUCAACUACGGCGUCGACACGCAGAACGGCAUCAAGCGGCCGCCGGCCAAGUCGUUCGAGCUCAGCGUGCGUGAGGACUUCCAGCGCUUCCGCAACAAGUCCAUCGGCAUCGUCGACGUCUGCGCCAAGUGGCUGUUCCUGGACGAGGCUCCCCAGAGCGGCUCGGCCGUGCUCGAGAUUGAGAACCCCACUGGCUACGUGUUGUACCAGCCGGAGGGCGACGCCGUGGUGCACGCGGCACGCGCCGGUCGCGCCCCCCAGCUGCGUGACGUCAUCGGCGGCCACGCCUACGGCCACGAGCGCGCCACCACGUGGUUCUUCGACUACAUUCCGGGCAACGAGACGCUGUGCUUCAACUACACGAUCCGCCGCUGGUUCCCGGUGGCCAACAUGACCAAGUACCGGCGCGCCCUGCUGUACGAGCAGUUCCAGCCGGAGCUGUUCGAGAUGCAGAUGGUGAACUCCACCGUCCUGCACGUGCUCAACAUCUGCGAGGUGUGCGGCUCUUACCAGUGCCCCUACUGUCCCUUCUACUCGUCCUCGGGCCUGGCGUCUGCCUCUGCGGCGCUGCUGGCGAUAGGCGCCGCUGUUGCGCUCUGGCUCGGCCCCCGCUAGGGCCCCCAGCAGGGCGCGCUCGGGGCUCGCUAGGGUCACCGGCAGGCCGCGCUCGUCUGCGGCCUCGUUCGGUCGCCGGCCGCCAGGGGCGCCAGUGUACCGGAGCGGCGCGGGCCGCAGGUGGUCCCCGGGCUGGACCGGACCCGUCACGCUGCGGGGUGUGGACUGGAGCGGGCGAGCAGUCGACGGCUGGCAAUCUUGGUAACCUGGCAUGAUGGUUGUAUGGUAAUCUGAUGCUUUUAUUCUUUUGGAUGCUUCGAUUUGUUACACCCUGUGGGCAGUAUUGCCCGUUUUACGAGGCGCACGUAUCGCGCCCACGUUUCAAGUGUACCCCCCCUC